CUUCCUCCUUCCUCUGACGCCGGUCCGAUUCCGAUCUCUCUGCAGCUUCUUCUCCCAACGCAGAUCUGCAGUCUUCCUCUGCUCCACCAACCAGCAUUCUCGCACGCACGCAGAGAGAGAGAGAGAUGGCGGCAUUCAUGAAGCUCGACGACUCCCCCAUGUUUCACAAGCAGAUUUUUUCUCUAGAACAAAUGGCGGAGGAGUUGAAAGAGCGUUGCCAGACAUUAUACAGAGGCUCCGCAAAAUUUAUGGCAUCUCUUGGUGAAGCAUGUAAUGCGGACACAACAUUCGUAGAUUCCUUGGAAGCAUUUGGUGGUGGACAGGAUGAUCCAGUUAGUGUGUCAAUAGGAGGUCCUGUGAUAUCCAAGUUCAUAUCAGCAUUUCAUGAGCUUGCUUCUUACAAGGAGCUUUUGCGUUCCCAGGUGGAGCAUGUAUUGGUUGAUCGCUUGACGCAGUUUGUAAAUGUGGAUAUGCAAGAGGCGAAGGAAUCCCGACGACGCUUUGACAAAACCGGACACUCUUAUGAUCAGGCCCGUGAAAAGUUUGUGUCUUUGAAGAGGAGUACGAGAGGAGACAUUGUUGCUGAACUGGAAGAGGAUCUACAAAACUCCAAAUCAGCAUUUGAGAGAAGCCGCUUCAAUCUAGUGAGUGCACUCAUGAAUAUUGAAACGAAAAAGAAGUAUGAAUUUUUGGAAUCUAUAAGUGCAAUCAUGGACGCACAUCUGAGAUAUUUCAAGCAGGGUUACGAGUUAUUGAGUCAAUUGGAGCCAUUUAUUCACCAGGUAUUGACAUAUGCUCAACAAUCGAAAGAGAUGGCUAAUGUGGAACAAGACAGACUUGCCAAAAGGAUUCAGGAAUUCCGUACCCAAGCUGAAUUGGACUCCUUACGUGCUUCAAGUGGUAUCGAACCCCCUGAUGUUGGCACGAAUGCUGCUGGUGCAAAUUCUUACAGAGACAUUGAAACAAUCACGACAUCUACCAGAGGUGGAGAGGUCCAGACUGUCAAGCAGGGAUAUUUGUUGAAAAGGUCGUCAAGUUUGAGAGGUGAUUGGAAAAGGAGAUUUUUUGUCCUUGACAACCUCGGGACUUUGUAUUACUACAGAAAUAAAAGUUCCAAAUCAGGGGGCACUCAAUCACAUCAUUCCAGCUUGUCGGCUGAACAAAACAGCAGCGUUUUCAGCAUAUUUCUUUCAAAGCACAAUAGAGGUUCAUCUUUUGGAGAAGAAACUCUUGGUUACCGUAUUCUUGAUCUUCAUACGUCCACAAUAAAGAUUGAUGCAGAGAACACAGAUCUACGACUUUGUUUCAGAAUAAUUUCUCCAUCAAAAAGCUACACACUGCAGGCUGAAAAUGAAGCAGAUAGGAUGGACUGGGUAAACAAAAUCAAGGGAGCAAUUGCUUCUCUUUUCAAUUCGCAUUUUCUUCAACAGCCAAAUCUUAGUGCAGAAACUACUAAGAACAAUGCUUCUCGUGGUUUUAGAUCAGCAGACGCAAAUAAUAGCUCUGGAGAUAUGAUCAAGCUUGAUGGACACGAUUCUGUGGCUAAGAUUCUAAGGAGUAUACCUGGAAAUGACCUUUGUGCAGAAUGUGGUUCACCUGAACCAGAUUGGGCCUCACUCAACCUUGGUAUUUUAUUAUGCAUCAAAUGCUCUGGUGUCCACCGCAAUCUUGGUGUUCAUAUUUCCAAGGUUCGAUCUCUAACAUUAGAUGUCAAAGUGUGGGAAACUACUGUUUUGGAUCUGUUCCAUGCAUUGGGUAACAGUUACUGCAACUCUAUAUGGGAGGGACUACUACAAGAUGAAACAGUAAAAGAAGCGCCGGAUGGUGCUGUCCCCUCAAUGAGUAAACCUUGCCCAAAUGAUGCGGUAUCUUAUAAGGAGAAGUACAUCCACGCUAAGUAUGUAGAAAAGUUGCUCAUUGUCAGAGACUCCGAAUCAUCUGGAAGUUUGCAUGCCAAGAGUAUCUGGCAAGCAGUCAAGACCAACAAUUUGCGAGAUGUAUAUCGGCUUGUGGUGACCUCAGAUAUGAAUAUCAUUAAUAGCAUCUUUGAUGAAGUUGAUGGGGCUGAGGCCUUUGAUUUAGAUUCAGUUGACAUAAAUCGGAAUGAUCCAGCCAACUGCCUGCAAAUGAAAGAUCCCAGAGAACCUGCAAAUUGUCUUCAAGGUUGUUCGUUAUUGCAUUUGGCUUGUCAUCAAGGCAAUCCAGUGAUGCUUGAGUUGCUUCUGCAAUUUGGUGCUGGUAUAAAUAUGCAAGAUUUCCAUGGAAGGACUCCUUUGCACCACUGCAUAUCCAUGGGAAACAACUCAUUAGCGAAGUUUCUUCUCAAAAGAGGAGCACGGCCAUCUAUCAAGGAUGGGGAGGGACUCAGUGCGCUGGAAAGAGCAAUGGAGAUGGGAGCAAUUACUGACGAGGACCUAUUCAUUUUGCUUGCCGAAUGCGAGUGACACUACUUUCUUAGUUUGGCGCAUCUUAUCUUUAACCUCAGUUGUAUCUGCUGGAAUAGAGGAAUGCACAAUAUUUAUGGACUUUUUAGCCAAAACAUAGGGGGCAUCAUCGAUUCAGAGUGAUGUGCAAUAGGAUGAUAUCAAGCGGAGCGACCUACGCCUUAACUUUAUCGCUUGCAGUAUUCUCACUGCGAUUUGGAAACCGUCUGAGAAUAUCCAAAUUCGCUUGAAAUUCAUGAAACGGAGGAAGUAGAGAAGCCCUUGAUUGGCGGUCAACUAUGAGGUCUUACUUAGGGAGACGGUUGAAACAUCUGAACUUUCUGUAACAUCAUGGUGUCUUGAUAGCGGGAUUUUCUGUAGCAGCAACCUGUUUAUCGACAUUAUUUACAUGCUGUUUAGAAGCUUUGUCCGAUACUGUAGGAGACUAAAGCUGUUGAUAUAGACAUAUAUCAGUUCUGAUGCCAGUGGAAAGAAGUAUACCAGUACUUGGACUCGUAAGUGAAUUCUUUAUAACGUGAACGCUGUAGCUGUUUUUUGGUCA